CUUCUUCUUCUUCUUAAAAACCCCGACGACACGAAAAGAAUCGAUAGCGUUCUUCAAUGGACGAUAAUCUCCCUCCUGGAUUCAGAUUCCACCCUACUGAUGAAGAACUCAUUUCUUAUUACCUCACUCAAAAGAUUUCUGAUUCUUCUUUUACCUCUAAAGUAAUCGCGGUCGUCGAUCUCAACAAGAACGAGCCUUGGGAUCUCCCAGCCAAAGCUUCAAUGGGAGAGAAAGAAUGGUACUUUUUCAGCUUGAGAGAUCGAAAGUAUCCAACAGGGCUUCGAACAAAUCGAGCCACGGAAGCUGGCUAUUGGAAGACAACAGGAAAGGACAAGGAAAUCUUUGGAGGUGGUGCGUUGGUUGGAAUGAAAAAAACCCUUGUCUUUUACAAGGGAAGAGCCCCUAGAGGCGAGAAAAGUAACUGGGUCAUGCACGAAUACCGCCUCGAAAACAACCAUUUUUUCAAACCCUCCAAGGAAGAAUGGGUAGUUUGCAGGGUGUUUAAGAAGCAAAAUCCACCAAAAAAGGCACAGCAAUCAACGUCCUCUCAGCCUUGUCUUUCAUCUCCAUGUGAUACAAACUCAAUUGUGAAUGAAUUUGGAGAUAUUGAAUUAUCAAAUUUCAGCAAUAAUAUUUCAGCUCAAGCAUAUGAAACCAACAACAUGAACAUGAACAUGAAUUGGGGUGCACCAAUGAAUGAUCAAACAGCUUCAAUUACCACUCUUCCUUCACUUUCAUCAUGGCCACCUAAUCCCAAUCUUUUAACUUCAAAUCUUUCAAUGAAUUCCCUUCUUCUCAAGGCAUUGCAACUUAGAACCAUGAACCAUUCUCAAUUUGGAACUAACCAUUUGAGCUUCCAAGCUUCUUCUUCUUCUUCCAAAGUUUUCGAGUCUCCGCAACAACAACAACAACCGCAACAACAACAACAGGAGCAACCAUUGAACUUGGACUCCCUCUGGUGA